GCGCAGUUGCUGCGCGCAGUGAGCAUGGGGGCUCCUGGCUCCGGCAAGGGCACCUUGUCGUCGCGCAUCACCCAACACUUCGAGCUGAAACACCUCUCCAGCGGCGACCUGCUCCGACAAAACAUGCUUCAAGGCACAGAGAUUGGUGUGUUAGCCAAGACUUUCAUUGACCAAGGGAAGCUUAUACCAGAUGAUGUCAUGACUCGGCUGGCCCUUCAUGAGCUGAAAAAUCUCACCCAAUAUAACUGGCUGUUGGAUGGUUUUCCAAGGACACUUCCACAGGCAGAAGCCCUGGAUAAAGCUUAUCAGAUAGACACAGUAAUUAACGUGAACGUGCCCUUUGAGGUCAUUAAACAGCGCCUCACUGCUCGCUGGAUUCAUCCAGCCAGUGGCCGAGUCUACAACAUUGAAUUCAACCCUCCCAAAACUGUGGGCAUAGAUGAUCUGAAGGGAGAGCCUCCGAUUCAGCGUGAGGAUGAUAGCCCAGAGACAGUGAUCAAGAGACUGAAGGUUUACGAAGCCCAAACGAAGCCAGUCCUGGGGUAUUAUCAGAAAAAAGGGGUGUUGGAAACAUUUUCUGGAACAGAAACCAACAAGAUUUGGCCCUAUGUAUAUGCUUUCCUACAAACAAAAGUUCCACAAACAAACCAGAAAGCCUCAGUUACUCCAUGAGAAAAGUGUGUUAACUAGUAAGAUCAGCAGAACCUCCUC